AUGACGCCCAACAUCACCAAGGGUCAGACCGACACCUCCAAGUUCAUGGGACAAGGACCCACGUCCAAGGAGGAACACCCACACAAUAACCCCGUCAUGCAGUACAAUCCUGCCCCGGGUGCUAAGGCCCCGAUGCUGAGCGCUGAGGGUUCGGUCGGCAAGCAAUUCACGGCAAAUGGUGCGAUUGGUGGCACAGCACAAAAGAUUGGAGGUCCGUUGGAUCAGAAUGGAAUGGUUGGGGGCAUGUUCAAAGAAGACGGCGCGAUUGGCGGGACUGUGAACAAGAUUGCCGGUGGGAAAUCAUAA